AUGAAGUCAAUGCCAGAUCCAUCAUUACAAAUGAAGGUUAACCAAUAUAUGGUUAUUGGGCGUGGAAAACCAACCGAGCUCAAUCCACAUCCUAAAGUUUUCAGAGUCUGCAUCUUUGCUCCAAACGAAGUUGUGGCAAAAAGCAGAUUCUUCUACUUUAUGUCAAAAUUGAAUAAGGUUAAGAAGGCCAAUGGUGAGAUUCUUUCAGUUACUCGUGUCUUUGAGAAGAGACCAACAUAUGUAAAGAACUUUGCAAUCUUGCUUCAAUACAGAAGUCGUACAAAUGUUGUAUAUAUGUAUAAGGAGUACAGAGACAUAAGUAAGACUGGAGCUGUUAGCCAAAUGUAUGAGGAACUUGCAGGAUCACAUCGUGCUCAACGUAGCAGCAUUCAGAUUAUUCGCGUUUCUCAGAUUGAUGCUAAGCUUGCAAAGAGACCAAAGACAACUCAGUUCUUCAACUCCAAGCUCAAAUUCCCAGCUAUCAGAAAGUUACCAAUGGCUCCAAAGUCUUUACGCUCAACAUUUACUGCAUCCAGACCAACUACUUUCCAAAAGUAA